GUGCGUGUUUCCGGUUCCGGUUCCCUGUUUCUGGUCGCCAAACGUGCGCGUGCGGUAUUUCCUUGAGAAGCUGAGCUGAGAGCGAGCGGGGCGGCCAUUACCUGCACCAUGUCCGACAACGAGGACAAGUGAGCGGCUUUCAUACAUUAUAAUGGGGCCUGUAUAUAGAUGGGCUGAUAGCUGUGCUGUGUGUCUAUGGGGGUUAUUAUGGGAUGUUAUCUAGGUACAGGUAAUGUGCUAUACAUCUAACCACAAUGAUGCGUCCUCUCCCUACUCUGCUUCAUUAACUGGGGCUACCAAUAAAUGGGGGGGCAUGGUAUAGUCACCAAAUAGGGAAAUGGGGAGCGAUAUGGAUUAUGUGUCCUCUCCCUACCCUGCUUCAUUAACUGGGGCUACCAAUAAAUGGGGGGCAUGGUAUAGUCACCAAAUAGGGAAAUGGGGAGCGAUAUGGAUUGUGUCCUCUCCCUACCCUGCUUCAUUAACUGGGGCUACCAAUAAAUGGGGGUCUCGGUAUAGUCACCAAAUAGGGAAAUGGGGAGUGAUAUGGAUUAUGUGUCCUCUCCCUACCCUGCUUCAUUAACUGGGGCUACCAAUAAAUGGGGGGCAUAGUAUAGUCACCAAAUAGGGAAAUGGGGAGCGAUAUGGAUUAUGUGUCCUCUCCCUACCCUGCUUCAUUAACUGAGGCUACCAAUAAAUGGGGGUCUCGGUAUAGUCACCAAAUAGGGAAAUGGGGAGUGAUAUGGAUUAUGUGUCCUCUCCCUACCCUGCUUCAUUAACUGGGGCUACCAAUAAAUGGGGGGCAUAGUAUAGUCACCAAAUAGGGAAAUGGGGAGCGAUAUGGAUUAUGUGUCCUCUCCCUACCCUGCUUCAUUAACUGGGGCUACCAAUAAAUGGGGGGCAUAGUAUAGUCACCAAAUAGGGAAAUGGGGAGCGAUAUGGAUUAUGUGUCCUCUCCCUACCCUGCUUCAUUAACUGGGGCUACCAAUAAAUGGGGGGGCAUGGUAUAGUUACCAAAUAGGGAAAUGGGCAGUGAUAUGGAUUAUGUGUCCUCUCCCUACCCUGCUUCAUUAACUGGGGCUACCAAUAAAUGGGGGGCAUGGUAUAGUCACCAAAUAGGGAAAUGGGGAGCGAUAUGGAUUAUGUGUCCUCUCCCUACCCUGCUUCAUUAACUGGGGCUACCAAUAAAUGGGGGGCAUGGUAUAGUCACCAAAUAGGGAAAUGGGGAGUGAUAUGGAUUAUGUGUCCUCUCCCUACCCUGCUUCAUUAACUGGGGCUACCAAUAAAUGGGGGGGCAUGGUAUAGUUACCAAAUAGGGAAAUGGGGAGCGAUACGGAUUAUGUGUCCUCUCCCUACCCUGCUUCAUUAACUACGGCUACCAAUAAAUGGGGGGCAUGGUAUAGUCACCAAAUAUGGAAAUGGGGAGUGAUAUGUGGGACAUUCAAAGUGAGUUUAACAUUUUAGGUCAAAAUAGCUGAAUAUUGGGGGAAGGAAAAGAAAAACAACAAGGCUGUUAUGAUUGCACUUCAGCUAUUUCGGCCUAAAAUGUGAAAUUUGCACUUUAUUGAAUAACAUUGCAUGUUUCUCGUUUAGAUAAAAUGCCUAUAUCCUUUGAAAAGAGUGAAUGCAAACAUGGUGAGAAAUAAUAGGGAUGGAAAGAUGUAACGUGAAAGGGACAUUCAAAGCACCAUAUCUGAUGUAGUUGUUAUGGUGCUGGUAGUGCCCUGGCACCUCACCCCUUUCCCGCGAUUGUAAGUAGUCAAACUAGUAAAGGUUUGGCAACUUACUUGAUUUGCACCAGUUCUCUAUGAUUAUAUGAAAUCCAGGCUUUCCCUCCUUGCCCAUGCAUUUAUGAUACCAUCCCUAGCAGUUUAGUGAAAUGAGCCUGAUAUAUAUUUCUUUCUAUUUCAGGUCUCUAUUUCUUUGCAAUACUUUUUUUUUUUUUUUAAACAUUCUUUAUUUAUUGUUUUCCGGUGUGGAAAAAGAAAACAUUAGGGUACAGAAAUGAAAGAGGGAGGGGGUGAAACAGCCACAAUGAUACGGGAGCACAAUAUUUUACUUGUCUUUGCGCCUUAUGGUGUUGCGAACAAGUAGUUGUGUCUUGGUGCGGUCCGUUGGUUAGGCGUUUAUCGUGCAAUAGUGCGGGGUUCAGGGAUUUCUAUUUUGGACUUAUUCCCUUUGCCCAAUUCGUUUGGACCAGUCUGUAUUGGUGGCCGUAUGAGAUUUGCGGCUCGUCUCGUUAACAGUUUUGUGGUAGGGUGGGAUGCCCCCUAUUGACUAUUUUUAUCGUCCUCGUUGCGUACUAAUGGGCGCCCCUGCGUCUGGGUAGUCAGUUGGGGGGGAGGGUGGAGAACCUAUGUACAAGGGUGAGAGUACCAUGGCGGGACACUAUUUCGGGAGCCCAGUAGACGUCCAAUGGUUCGGGUUGGGGUAAUAUUUGUACUGUGAGUUUCCGUGCGUUGGUAUUUUGAUCGCUAUGUUGGAGUAGCGGGCCUGGUGGGUGAGGUGGAGGCUGUCCGUGUGCCCUUAUUGUAGGUGGGGAUCGGAUAACCAGGGGUCCCAGAUUCUGUGGAAGUGUUUAGAGGUCUCGUGAAUUAUGGCUGAUAGCCUGUCCAUGUGUAUUGCUUCCUUGGUUUUGCGUAUGAUCGUUUGCAGUGUGGGGGUGUUUGGCGAUCCCCAUACUUCGGCUAUUGCCCGUCUAGUCGCUAAGGCUAUCCGGUUUGUCAUUUUGUUUUGGGCUCUGGUCAGGUCCUCUCGUGGUCUGGAGAGGAGCCAGGUCCAGGGGUCUAAUGGUAUGGUGGUCUGGAGGAGUGUUGAGACUAGGGUAGCUACUUCCGCCCACAAUGGGACCAGUUUAGGGCAAUGCCACCAUGUGUGUAUGUAUGUGCCUCUCUGCCCGCAGUUUUUCCAGCAUAGGUCCGCGUCUGCUUUGCCCAUAUGGUACAAACGUACCGGGGUUAGGUACCAUCGGAGCAGUGUUUUAUACGCUUGCUCCUUAUGGUUAACGCAUAUGGAUAUUGAGGCCGUUGCCUCCCAGAUAUCUUGCCAGUCCGUGGGGUCGUCCGGUGGCCCUAAGUCCCUCUCCCAAGCCGCCACAUAUGCUGAGGCCCCCUUGGGUUGGUUGGUGAUAAGAAGUGUGUAGUUUUCCGUGAUUUGACCUUUGUGGAGUGGGUUAUGUAGGCAUGACCUCUCAAACCGUGUGAGCGUGGUGGUGGCUGCUUUGGCAUUGUCGGGUUGAUCUAAGAAGCUUCGUAGUUGUAUGUAGCGAAAGAAAUCGUGAGUGGUAUAUGUUGCCUGCGUGUUGGGAAGGUCGUUGUAUGGGGUAAUUUGCGUUCCCGUGUAGAAGUGGUGCAGUCUAGACAGGUCGUUUUGCUCGUAGUGUGCAAAGUCUUUGGGUGUUAACCCUGGGGGGAAUGCUCUAUUGCGUAGUAUUGGCGUCAAUGGUGUCGGGUUGUUUAUGAUGGGGAAUUUCCGGGACGUUUUGUCCCACAAGUCUAUUGAGUUCGUGAUUGCUGGGGGCAGUGGUGGUGGUAGGGGGCGUGAUUUCUUUGGUACCCAUAUGUAGAGGGAUGGGUGGUCGCGUCCAAAUAGGUCAUGUUCCAGGUCCGCCCAUCGUUUGAUCCCCUGCGGAGUGUGCCAAUGUUGGAUCUGUGUGAGUUGUGCGGCGUAAUAGUAGUUUUGGAGAUGGGGUAGUCCCAGUCCUCCCGUCCUAUUGGGGAUGUACAUGGUGCUCCUUUUUAUUCUGGGUCUUUUAUUUGCCCAGAUAAAGUUGUCUAUUAAUUUUUGGACAUAUUUUGCGUCUGUUGUGGGGAGUGGGAUGGGGAGGGUUUGGAAUAGGUAAAGGAAGCGGGGUAGGAGGUUCAUCUUUACUGAUGCAAUGCGGCCUAACCAUGAAAGUGAUAGGUUUUGCCAUCUUUUGAGAUCGUCCGUUGCUUUCUGUAUCAUUGGAGUAUAGUUCAGGGCGUACGUGCGGUGUAGUGCUGCUGGUAGCUGUAUACCUAGGUAUGGGAUGUGGGAUGUGUUGUAGCGAAACCUGUAUGUUUCCAGUAGUGUCUCCAUCGUGUUUUGGUCGAUAUUUAUGCUAAGUGCCUCUGUCUUGUCCAGGUUUAGUUUAUAUCCUGAGGCUGCUGAGUAUUCUUUCACCAGUCUCAGGAGUGGUGGGAGGGCGGUGAGGGGUUCAGUUAGCGUUAGGAGCAGGUCAUCGGCGUACGCCGCCACCUUGUAAGCUUGGGAGCGUACUGUAAUGCCCGUGAUGGUAGCGGUGGUGCGUAUGAGGUGUAAAAGUGGUUCCAAUGAUAGGGCAAAAAGGAUCGGUGACAGUGGGCAGCCCUGCCUCGUUCCGUUAUGUAUAGGGAAGUGGGGGGGUUGCGCAUUUGGGAUGAGUAAUUUUGCUUUUGGGACUGAGUAGAUCGUUUUGAGGGCUGUCAUGAAUGGUGUUGGGAAUUGGAGUUUCUCUAAGGUGGCGAAGAGGAAGGGCCAUAGUAGUCUAUCAAAUGCCUUCUCGGCGUCAAGGGAUAGUAGGAGGGUGGGGAUGUGACGGUGAUUGGCUACCCAUAUGAGGUCUAAAGUCCGUCUGGUGUUGUCGCUCGCUUGUCUUGUGGGGACAAAUCCGACCUGGUCGGGGUGGAUUGUCGAUGGAAUGUAGGGGAGCAGUCUGUUGGCAAGGAUUUUGGUGAAGAUUUUGAUGUCUACGUUUAAUAGGGAAAUGGGUCUGUAGUGACCUGGUUCUGUAUGCGGUUUGCCAGGUUUGGGUAGUAGGCAAAUGUUUGCCUCCAGCAUGUCCUCGGGCAGCUGAUCUCCAGUCAUGAGCGAGUUAUAUAGCUUUGUCAUGUAGGGUAGCAGGUUGUCUGUGAAUGUUUUGUAGUAGAUGCCCGAGUAUCCGUCCGGGCCUGGGCUUUUGUUGGGUUUCGUGGUGCCUAUGACUCUCCUCACCUCCUCCUCUGUAAUUUCUGUAGAGAGGUGUGCUUGAGCCUCCGUCGUGAGUGUCGGAAUGUGGGCCUUUGCUAGGAGGGUUUGUAUGUUAUCGCGUAGGGGGCCGUCGUCUUGGCGGUGUUGAGGGGAGUGGUCGUAUAGGUCGGUGAAAUACUUCUGGAAGGUCUCGGCUAUUUUGUUGGGUAUGUCGGUUGGUUGGCCUGUGGGGGUAUGGAUGGUGGUGAUUUGCUUGGCUUGCUGGCGUUUGCGUAGCCUUCGGGCCAGUAGUGUGUCUGCUUUGUUUGAUUUUUCGUAGAACAUUUGUUUUGUCCAUUGUAAAGCUUUAGUUGCGUCUUUCGCCAUGGCCUGUUUAAGGGCCUGGCGCUGGUGGUGCAGUUGUGUUGUGAGAUCUUGUGUGGGGGUUAGUUUGUGUUGUGCUUCGAAUUGUCUGAUCUGGUCCAGUAGGAAUGUUAUGUGGGCUAGGUGUUUUUUUUUUUCCGCCGUGGCUAUGCUGAUCAGGGAUCCCCUGAGCACUGUUAUGUGUGCUGCCCAAAGUACCGCGUGUGAUUGCACCGAGUCUUUAUUGGUGUCGAAGUAUUGGGUGAGUUCUGUCUUCAGUUGGGCAACUAUGUGGGGGUCAUGGAGUAGUAUAGGGUUGAGCCUCCAGGUCCAGGGUCGUGAGAUUUGUGGUGGUUGGAGUUGUAGUGUGAUGUCUGCGUGGUCAGACCAGGUAAUGUUGCCUAUUGCAGACUUUGUGACAUGGGGGAUUAGGGAUGGUGAGAUGAGAAAGAGGUCAAUGCGGGAGUAGGUGUGAUGGGGGUGCGAGUAGAACGUGUAGUCACGGUCUGUUGGGUGUUGAGAUCUCCAUAUGUCUAUGAGGCCCGUUUGGGUUAUGAAGUCGGCCAACAUUUUGUCCGCUCUGGAGGGAUGGGUGGGUUGCUGGGUGUGGGGGGAGUAGCGUUGUCUGUCUAUGGAUGGGGAGAUUGUAGCGUUGAAGUCGCCCCCUAUUAUUCUUUGGUAGUUAGGAUGUUGGCUAAGGUGAGCUUGUAUUUUCUGCCAAAAUUGUGGGUCUGGAGUCGUCGGUGCAUAUAUGGAGGUCAGAGCUAUUUUUGUGGGUCCAAUAGUGCCAAGUGCUGUUAUAUAUCGUCCUUGUGGGUCUUUUUGGACGUCUUUAAGGUGUAUAGGGCAAUUUUUUUUCAGUAAAAUUGCCACCCCAUUAUGUUUGCCUGUAUGUGAGUUGGCGAGGUGACAGGUUUGGUAGUGACGGCUUAGGAGAGGGAACGGGCGUGUAUGAGCGUAGUGUGUCUCCUGGAGGAAGACCACGUCUGCCCCCGACCUGUUGGCCCAGCGCAUAACCCGGUGGCGUUUCGAGGGGUGGUUGAGCCCCUUGCAGUUAAUGGAUAUGCAUGUUACCUUAGCUUGCAUUGUGGUGUGAGGGGUACUGCGGUGUCGAUCGUGCCUUGGUCCUGCUCCCUGUGUUGUGGGUGGAGGUUUGGGGAUGUUGCGUCGGGUUUCUUCCCGUUUUGGACGUGGUUCUAAGGUCCCGUGUCCCGCCAUGGUACUCUUCGGGGGUAAACUGUGGGUACAAAGAAAAAUAACUGUGAACAUAUAUACAACUUCCUGGACUUAUGGUCUGUGCCAGGUUCAAGUUUAGUGGUGUGUUGGGAAUGUCCCUUAGGUGGGACUCCAGUGCCCAGGUGUUAACGUGGGGCGUGGUGGGGGUAAGUCCUGAGGUGCGUCCCGGUCCAGGUGUGUGCGGAUUUCCACUGGGCAGUCGUGGGUUGGGAGUGGGGGGUGGUGUCUUUGGGUCUGUUAGUUACAGAUCUGUCUGGGGGGGUUGGUAGCUCCCGUGGGUUAGGGGGCCCUUCUGGGGGAGGGGUGUCAGCACGGUCCCUUGGGCUGGGAUUCCUGGUGUCAAGGUCGGGGUUAGGGCGAUCCCGGCUUUCCUGGGUCCCUGGUGUUCGGUUAUGGGGCGUUCUCCCCCCCGUCUCCCCCAGGUUGUUCCAGUGGGGUGGCGUGUAGCCUAUUGUCUGGGGGUCAGGUGGUUCAGUGUGGGUUUUCCCUAUCGUCCCAGCCCGUUCCCACUUACUUCCUCCCCCCCCCCAACUCCCCCUAGUUUUACCCGCUGAAGUGGUGUGGCGUUCCCCCUGCUCCCCUACCCCCCGCUGUCUGGUCCCCUUGGUGCUAGGUGUGGUGCCUCUUUUCUAGUUUGAGCCGUGCACAUUUGCAGGGCUCACUAGCUGUUCACAUGUAUACAAGUAGACAAAUAAACAAUCGUGGCACGUAUGACCAGCGUCUCUACAUUUAAAGUACGUAAAGGAUAUUUGAUGGGUCGUUGGAUAGGUGCAGUCUCUGUGUUACGGCUUGCUCUUUAUUGAAGCCGUCGUUUCGGUGCGUCUUGUCUGGGUUCAGGGUCGGUGCGAUGGAGUCAGGUCUUCUUCGGUCCGGUGCUUGGCGUAGCUUUUGGGCUGUUCCCGGCGUGGUGGUAUCUUUGCGGCGAUGGUUUUUCCCACAGUGGUUGUAGUGCUGGGGGUCGUCUCCGUGCAGUGGUAGUAGUGGUGUCAGAUCUUGCCGCUGGUAGGCGCAGGCCCAGUUUGGAGGCAAAAGCUUGCUGUUUGGAGGGGUCUGUGAGGAUGUGGGUCGUGUUGUCUCUGCGGACAAGGAGUUUGAAGGGGUGCCCCCACCUGUAGGCUAUGCCUGCUUGGGUUAGUGCCGUUGUGAGCGGUUUCAACUCUCGACGUUUGGCUAGCGUGGUGGGUGCUAGGUCUUGGUAGAAUGCCAGCGUGGCGGUGUCCAGUUUUGGCGGGCUUUUUCUGGUCGCCGCCAUAAGUGCUUCCUUGACGGAGUAGUAGUGAAGCCUCACUAUCACAUCUCUGGGGGCUGUGUGGUCUUGGCUAGGGGGCUCUGUGGGCUCUGUCCAUGGAUAGCUCUUGUGGGGUUUUGUCAGGUAAGAGGGUCAGAAAUACCUCUUGCAGUGUGGAGUGGAGUAACUCUCCAGUGAUGGUUUCUGGGAGGCCUCUGAUCCUGAUGUUGUUUCGUCUGGAUCUAUUGCUGAGGUCUUCCAGUCCGUUUUCCAGUGUUUCUAUGCGUGAUUGCAGAGUUGAAAUGGUGUCUGCCUGGAUGGUCACUGUGUCCAUAAUGUCGUCCACUCUGUGCUCCACUUGCCCUGUCCGCUCCCCCAGAUCAGUGAUUUCUGCCCUCAGGCUCUGGAGCUGCUUCUCCAAUUCUGCUGCCAUGUGAUUUUUUAUAUCGGCUGCUGCCUCUUUAAGCAGCCGCUGGAGGUCGGCUUUCGUCAGCGGUGCUGACUCCGGAGCUGAGGGCUCGCUGUGCUCCGUGUCAGAGUUUUCAGCGCCACGUGGGGAAGAUGGCGCCGGGUCCCCCUGCACUCUGAAGUGCGAGGCGACCGACGGCUGCGUGUCCCGGUUUUUCCGGCUGCCGCCCAUUGCUGUGGGGUACCCGGUGGGUGAGUGAGUGAGUUGGUUGGUGGGGUUUGCCGCCCUGCCAGUGCGCUUUGGGUUGCUGUUAUGUGCCUGGGUCUCGGGAGCUAUCGGCUCACGCGGCCAUCUUGGUUCCCGGCCAGGCUCCGCCCAUCCUUUGCAAUACUUUUUAAACCUCACCUUUUUAAAGUCCUUUAUCUUAAGUUACAUACAGAAACAAAACAGACAGCAUCCACAUUCUUCUAACAUCGUAACCACAUCCAUGUGUUUAUAUGGUUAUGGUGCUUGGUGUCCCUUUUAAUAUUGUCAUCUAAGCAAUGAAUGGCUUAUCGUCCUAAAAACCUUUUGUGUAUGUACUUAUUUCCUGGAGUUAGAUUUCUCUAUUCGGACUAUGUAGAGAACUUUCCCUAGGUGUCUAAUUGUAAACUGUUGCAUAUGCUCAGUAACUUUUAUUUUUUUACUUAAUUUAGCAAUAUCUCUAAUAUUUUUUUAUUUUUUUUUUUUUAUUUCCUAUAGCUUUGAUGGAGAUGAUUUUGAUGAUGCAGAAGAGGAUGAAGGACUUGAUGAUUUGGACAAUGCAGAGGAGGUAAGAAUAUUAAAGUAACAAUGCACAUAUUUGUGUUAUUACAUUCUUAAAGGGAUAUGCAUCACAAGCAGGGGAACAAGGACAAUGACUGCUCUAUAAAACUGCUUAUAUUGCAAGACUCUAACCAGCUUACUCCAAUGCACUCCUCAUAUUGGGCAUCACGCUGGAGCCAACCAGCACCUUACCCUUUUCCUCUGUUAGGACCAUGAGCCGAUAACGAAUAUGACCUUUAGCAAAACAAAUGCUCCCAUCUGAGAGCCUUGGUUUUUAGAAUGCUGCUGGAUUUAACCUAAAGCAUCACCUUCAAUCCAAUGUUAUCGUUGCUACAAGUUCUUGUAGUUAUUAUCUUAGCCUUCCUGUUGGUAUUUGUUGUGCAGACUGUAUUACUAUUGCUGCAUUUAUUGUUUUUUUAGCUUGUACAAUGUUAUUAAAAAUUAUCUAUAUAAAUGCUACAAAACAUCUUAAAAGUAAAUCAAACCAAAAUUAACUAAGAAAAACUUUGAUAAGUAUGUUUUACAAACUUGCUGCAAACUCUGUCAGAUUGCAUUGUUUGGCAGGGCUCUUAGCUGGAGGAGUUUCUUCAGCCCCCCAUACCAGGCUAUCUAAGUUUCAGACCAGUCCACUAAUGGCAAAAACAGGGCAUCACUGUGCAGGACAGAGAAACAUGAUCUGCAUGAUCAGACUCCCUAUCUCCUUUCCCUGUCCGCGUCUUGCAAGCUGAAGAGAUCUUCCAACUGCAUGUGUGGAACUCUUUCGCAUGUCCAGUGCACUUUUCCAUCAUUCUUGAAGAUAAGACACUAGUUAGAUCAGUGCCCCUCCUUGAGUGGUUAUGGAAAGCAUAAGAAAGAAGUACAUAAUUAUGUAAAAGGGAAAAAAAAUCAGUCUGCAGAGAGAGGCUAAAGCUUCUGCAUGAGACGGUUAUCUCAAAAGUAAUGCAUGUCCCUUUCAUUGCACCUAAAUGCUUGUUCUGUAUAUAGACUAAAAUGUGUCAUAAAAUUUAUUUGCAUAUGUUUACAUAUUUUGGCCAGUGAUAACCAUGCUGACAGGUGAAUGAAACGUGCAUAACAUUUAAUUUAAAAAAAUUAAAGUUGAGAGCAUCACAGUGCUUUCCUUAAAGGACCACUAUAGUGCCAGGAAUACAAACUCUUUUUUUUCCUGGCACUAUGUAGUCCUUAGGCCCCCCCUCCCGCUGGGCUGAAGGGGUUAAAAUCCCUUCAUCCACUUACCUUUAUCCAGCGCCGGGCUCCCUCGGCGCUGGUGACCUCUCCUCCCCCUCUGAUGUUGGCUCCCAAGUGGAGCCGCGCGCGCAUUAAAAACGCCCAUAGGAAAGCAUUACUCGGUGCUUUCUUAUGGACAUCAGCGUCUUCUCACUGUGAUUAUCACAGUGAGAAUUGCGGAAGCGGCCUCUAGUGGCUGUCAGUGAGACAGUCACUAGAGGCUGGAUUAACCCUGCAGUAUAAACACUGUUUUCAGCUGCAGGAUUAAAACUAGAGGGACCUGGCACCCAGACCACUUCAUUAAGCUGAAGUGGUCUGGGUGCCUAUAGUGUUUCUUUUAACUAUCAAAAUAAAAGAUUUCUUAUUGAAUCAUGUCUAUUUUAAUUAUAAUGAAAAAUACUUCUCCUCUUCAAUUAUACCUUACGCGAAACAUAAUUCUUGUCUGUUGUGCUUUACAUCUUUUUAAUGUGUUUUGUGAUUUCUCAAUUCAGGAAGACCAGGAGAAUGUUGCGAUUCUACCUGCUGGAGAAGGCCAGCAAGCCAACCAGAAACGCAUCACUACUAACUAUAUGACAAAAUACGAGAGGGCACGUGUGCUGGGAACAAGAGCUCUGCAGAUAGCGUAAGUGUGUAGUAGCAGAAUCAAAUUCCAGACCUAAUGCUGUAAGCAGACUGUUCUUUUAACAACUAGAAACUCAGAAGGUUCUCGGAAGAGAUCUGUUGGCAUUGGUUUGGGUGUACAGGCUUAUAAUAAUUUAUAGCUAUAUUCUUAAGUGGAGGUUAUACAAUAAAGUGGAACUAUCACCUGUGAGAUUUUCACAAACCAAAUAAAAUUAGCUUUGCAUUGUGCUAUUAUUUAUUAUUGCAAGACUGUAAAAUUUAAACUACAUCAGUCUUAUGAUGUAUUAUAUUUAGAGUUGUUUUAUUUUUUCAUGUCUAGCAUAGUGGAAAGUGUAUGUUUAUUUGGAUGUCUGUCUACAAAACAUUAAUGGCAAUCAUCAGAAGUGAUUUGUAUGUUGAAGGGUAUCUUAUUUAUAGUUAAGAGGCACCCUUUGUUUACUGGAUUUCCUGAAAAUGGAUUUAUCUACAACCAGCACGAGAGAAUUUCUCUUUAAACUGUAGAUUAUUCCUAAAUCUUGUAGAAAUAAUAAUAAUUUUGUUGAUGGUGAUGUUCACUAUUGCUGUAGGAUGCCAUGGCACUUAAAAGAAAAUAGUUGCGUCUGACUUUUGUGUGUCUGGGAAGUCCACCACAAGAUGUCAUUAGAACACAAGGCACGCAUGUCUUUCUCGCUGUCAGCUGAAAUCUGUUUUGAUUAGCAGUGCAUAAGUAAGACAGAGACAUUAUUUAUCCAGGUUCACAAAGGACAAAUAAGCUUAAUAUCUACUUCCUGGUGGCUCAGUGACAUUAGUGAAAGGUAUCCUGCUCAGGAUCACCAAAGACAUGCACUGCAUUUCCAUAGCAGAUUGAGUUAUUGCUCAGUUGAAGUGACACUUUACAUUUUGAGUGGAACUAUAAUUCUCACAAUGUUUGGCACACCGGGCCAGGAGUUGUAGUUCCUUUUUGAAGACGGACAGUCUAGUUUCAAUUAAACCUUGUUAAGUUUGCACCUUAUGUGCGCCUCUGUAGUUAAUUAUUAUUUUUUAUUUUAUUCUUUAUUUGUGCAAUGACAGAAAUUGCGAUAUAUCUGCAGUAUGGAGGUUUGUGCAAAAGCCAUAACAUGUUUUACACAACAUUAUCCAGUGAUACAGAAAGGAAAAGUUAUUUAGUUAAGACAUGUUUUUGUUAUACAAUGGUAAUUGGCUCGGUCACAAUUCGUCAAGGUUUUUGCAUUUUCAUAAAGACAGAAAAUCAGUAAAAAAAUAACUUUAAAAAUUAGCAUAGCCUAACAGAGCAGUGUUACUGAUAUAAUUCUGAAUGAUGUGAAUUGGCAGCCUCAUAGUUGACCCUGCUACAGGGGACGGAGAGCUGCGUUGCCCACCUAUUGGCCAUGGAAACCACCCCACGUGCACCCCCGAGAGUCCACUUGCCAGGGCUCUUUUAUGGGCUAUGAGCCCAGACCCCAGCCAGAGUUCCCCCAAGGGAACCCAAAAAGCGGUGCGGGGAGCUUCCUCUAAGCCCCUUUUUAACUCCUUCCUGUUUCAUCAUUAUUCUCUCUCCCCCCUUCUCCUCCUUUUUAAAGCAUCAAUUUUGUUACUUACCAACUCAGCUGUGAAUACAUUUUCAGGCGAUCAAGUUGUAACAGAGGUCAGUAUGAUCUAUAGUUACUUUUAUUAGAGAACACCUAAAUGUCAGUAUGGAAUUUCUCAUUAUUCUUAGUUUGUGUUCUUAAGUAUAGGUGAACCUAUAGAGCUACCUGUUUGCGUUCUUACUCCGUAAGCAGCUGCUUCUCAGAUAAUGCCAUUUAACACUUUGAAAGCCAGAUACUUGUGCAACAAACUGCAAAGCAAUUCUCUUGGCUUGUCUCUGGCUCUUAAAGGGUUAAAUGCACAGUGAAAAGUUUGCACUCUGUAAAACAGUAGAAAGAUUUUCAGGCAAUGGCAUGAGGACAUUUAUUGCUUCUAGAUUUUAAUGGGAUUCUGUUGCCAUUUACAUUUAACAAUUUAAUACAUGUUUUAUAAACAUUCCGCUAGUAUUCACAACUUUUCCAUAUCUUCUGUUUUUUAACAGGAUGUGCGCCCCAGUCAUGGUUGAGCUGGAAGGAGAAACAGACCCCCUGCUUAUUGCUAUGAAGGAGCUCAAGUAAGAUUUUUAUACAUAUAUUAUAAUUUUCCAUAUGGAUAACCAUAGCCGUAACCAGAACAGGAAUUGAAUUCCUAUGUAUUCUAAAUUACAGGCAGCUUUUUAUCCCUACAAAUUUAGCUGCCCAUGUUAGGAACACCACCCACUCCACCACUUCUUAUUAAGAGGAUAAUCCUAAGAGUCCCUAGUUUUCUGCCGGUCUCUAAAGUGAGGUUGUCAGAUAGCAUUUCUUCAUUUUUUAUUUUAGUUCCAUACCUGCAAUAGGUGAGAUUGCAGUUGGGCAGUAUAGGGGGCUUACAGGCCAGGUCUAGAAGCACGCUGGGGAGCUGCUUUACCUAGAACGUUUGUCUGCAUGUACCCUCUCCCGGCGUAGAAGCGCUGGAACGCAUGUUGAGUAGCUAUGCGUUACAGCGACAUAUAGUCUGCUCAUCUCCUUCCUCCCACAUGGCUGGAAUUGAAGGGGCAUCUGGUCACAAUACCGAAAGGUCUGUAUAGGUCGUGAAUUUUCCUAAAGUGCCAUAACCUUUUGCCCCAGGGUACUUAUAUAUAUUUUUUUUUUUAUUAUUAUUAUUUUUAUAUUUUAAAAUGUCCUGUAUAACCACAUGGAAAUUGAAGUGUUAAUUGAAUACUUACUUUGUUUUUGAAUAAGCAAUCAAACUACUUCAAUUGUUUAAUAAAGUUGGUGGUAAGCAGGGUUCUGUCACCAGCCCUGUCAGGGUGAAAUAACUGAAGUUUCCUAGUCAUGUAAUAUUCUUCUACAAUCUCUAUUCCUUUCGAUUAAUGUCUACAUAUAUUGAAAGAUCAUUUUUUCUUCCCACAGAGCUAGAAAGAUACCUAUAAUCAUCAGACGCUACCUACCUGAUGGCAGUUACGAAGAUUGGGGAGUGGAUGAACUCAUCAUUACAGACUAGGACCUCACAAGAUACUGUGGACUUUUCCAGCCUCACAGGAACUCUAAAUAUUUUAUCAAUCUCCACAACAUUUCUUCUUUUGCUGUUGUACAUAGUUUGUUUUUAAAUAAAUUCUAUAUUUGGUAAAUUCUAAAAGCUAUGUGGAAUAAUUCUAGUUAAAAUGACCCGAGGUGAUUUACCAAAUGUUGAUCAUUGGAAAAUUAAGAUUGCAAACAACAUAAGGGACAGGUAGUCUGUGUUGCAAUCAAACGCCACAAACUUAAUUUAAUAAUUGUAUAUCUCUUUCUACCUGAGAAAUAUGUCAUGUUAUGAAUCGUAAGGCAUAAAGUUUGUCAACUCUUUGUUUUCAGAAUAUCCCUUGCUAACAUGAACACCAAAAUUGGUGUCUUCUAGAAAAAGUAAUUACUCCAAUCCUCUUUUGAGCAAUGACUAUUCAAGCACAUAAAGAGAAUUCGUGCACCUGUUUUCUUCGAUGCGCUCUCUUCCUAAACCCCCACAUCCAUUCCUUACCUGUUUUUGGUAGAACAGUAAGCCUAUUGUGUGUCUCUCCCACUGCACCUGUUGUCAUGGAAACGCACAUGGUUGGGACAAAUUUCUCAGGAGUAUCAGAAGGCAGGAUGAAUCCCACUCUUUGUUUUCCAAAAAUUAUGGUCCGUUGCUGCUGCGUUCCUUGUCACACCUGGGGGACUGCAUAGUCAUGAUCACAGUGCUACUGUUUGGACAGUAAAUGUUUUCAUAGACUUGUAUCUGAAAUAUUGAUUUGAUGUUUUCAGUACUGUUUUAUUUCAGAUACGUCUUCCCAAUUACAAAGAUAAACACCUUGUAUGUUAACAUUUUUUUUUAAUGGUAGAAGUAAAACCAGUUGAUGGGUCAUAAUUACUCAUAUGAUGCAUGUUGUGAAUGUUCUUUUUAUCAUGUGUGAUAAGAGUUGCUUUAAGUAAAAUUUGCAGUACUUGAUCCUUUGGAUUAUACAGCCUAUACAGCUUUUCAGAGUGUACCUGUCAUAUUACCACACCUCUUUAGCUCAAUUUAAAGGUAUACUCUAAGUGCUGUCUCAACUUACCCUGCAGCCAUUCGUGGCUCUGAGAGUACUACAGAGAUUUGUAAAAAGAAAUCACUGCACAUUCAAGUCAGGCAGCAUGGAACAAGAGUUCUGGUCUGCCUAUAUAUCAAACCAAACUUUGUGUUUUUUUUUGUUUGUUUUUUUAAUCAUAUUUGAUGCAUUACCUAUGUGAUAAACUGUAGGGCAAGAUACACAAAAUAGAAAGGCAAACUAUCUGGGAUCAAAACAAAAAUCACAUGCAAAGACUCAAUAGAUGAGGAAUAAAAACAUUGUCAUAGUGAAGGGAAAAAAACUGUCAUACUAAAAUGCUCAGGGGAACAUCAUGACAACUCUGACCCGUUGGUACACCAUUGGGCAGUUCUUUUUAACUGGUCUAAUCAAACAUGUUUUUACUGCUCAUUAAAAAAGCUUCAGAUAUGUUUUUACUAUUUUGGACCUGAAUAGUUUAGCUGUUUUUACCCCGCCAAAAAAUGUAAUCUCUAAUUUGAAC